AUGUGCGCUAAAAAUACGAGUUUCGUCGACACCGACGUCGACUUGCACCUGAAGAUAUCCAAUUACGAGGAGACGGUCAAACACUUGGACAUCUACUACGGCAUAGUGAAAAGGCAAUUGUUGAGAUAUCAAAGUGCAAUAACUGGUCUAUUUCCAGUAUUGUCGGAUGACGAGAAAGUGGCCAGCGUUAGAGAUAGCGUGUAUUGUGCUGCUGCGAUUUGGAGUUUAUUUCAAGCGUAUAGGCGAAUAGAUGACGACAGAGGGAAAUCUUAUGAGUUGGGUCAGUCUGCGGUGAAAUGCAUGAGAGGAAUAUUGGCAUGCUGGAUAAGACAGGCGGAUCUGAUAGAAUGCUUCAAAAAACAUCAAUGCAAUAAAUUUGCAUUACACUCGAAGUUUAAUUUAAAAAAUGGUGAUGUUGUUCACUCUGGUGACGGAUAUCCUCAUUUACAGAUUGAUGCCGUAUCGUUGUAUCUAAUAUAUUUGGUCCAAAUGACUACAUCAGGGUUGCAAAUAAUUUAUACGAAGGACGAAGUUGCGUUUGUGCAAAAUUUAGUAUACUAUAUAGAACGCGCGUACAGAACGCCAGAUUACGCUAUGUGGGAACGUGGUAGUUCGUACAAUGAUAACACACCUGAAAUUCAUGCAAGUUCUAUCGGUAUGGCAAAAAGUGCAUUGGAAUCUAUUAACGGAUGCAAUCUAUUCGGUGACAAGGGAGCCUCUUGGUCUGUAAUAUACGUAGAUAUCGACGCACACAACAGGAACAGAAGUAUAUUCGAAACGUUAUUACCUCGAGAGUCUAGUUCAAAAGCUGUCGAUUCGUCAUUGAUAACGACCGUGUCCUACCCCGCCUUCGCCACUCACGAGGACGUGCUGGUGUCGUAUACCAAGGCCAAUAUUGUGAAAAAACUCAAAGGUCGCUAUGGGUUUAAACGAUUUAAGAGGGAUGGUUACAAAUGCGCCAUUGAGGACAAAAAGAGAAAGUUCUACAAUGUCGGGGAAACCAAGGAUUUCGAAAAUAUAGAGAACGAAUGGCCGUUAUUUUUUCUGUACAUGAUAAUCGAUGGAGUGUUCAAAAACUUACCACAACAGGUCAAGGAGUACAAAACGCUGCUGAAGGACGUCAUGACCAUCGACAGUUUCGGCGAUCCAUAUGUACCAAUGUUCUAUUAUAUCACGAAGGAGAACGUGGAAUACGAAAGGGCGGACCCCGGCAGUCAGCUGAGGUCGGCCGGUCCCAAGUACGAGGACAGCAAGGCCUCACCGUUGUUCUUGUGGAACCAAGCGUUAUAUAUCAUAGCUGAACUGCUCACUUCUAACCUAUUGCACAUAAACGAACUGGACCCGAUUCGUCGAUACUUACCGUCCUACAACAGGCCCAAACGGCCAGGUCGUUAUUCUGCGUUUCAGACAAGGCAGAGUUCUGGGACUGCUACCGAUUUAGUUGUUCAAGUAGUUCUCAUAGCAGAAUCCAUGCGAUUGCAAGCGAUGAUGGCUACUUACGGCAUCCAAACGCAAACGCCUCACGAAGUUGAACCAGUACAAAUCUGGUCAUCCACUGAGCUGAUGAAGGUGUACACGAAUUUGGGAAUAAACGACAAAUUGAAAUUGACCGGAAGACCGUUAAGGCCUAUUGGAGCGCUUGGGACUAGUAAGAUGUACAGAGUUUGUGGAAUGACUGUUCUGUGCUAUCCGCUUAUAUUUGAAGUAUCCGAGUUCUAUCUCUAUCGAGACAUGUCACUGUUGAUCGAUGACAUUAAAACUGAAUUGAAAUUUGUCAGUAGAUUUUGGCGUCUGUCUGGUAGACCUACAAUUUGCUUGUUAAUACGAGAAGAGCACAUGAGAGAUCCGCAGUUUGAAGAGAUGUUGGAUUUAUUCGCAAUGUUAAAAAAAGGCCACUGCGACGGCAUCAAAGUGAGGAUUGGAAGAUUACAAAAUUUACUAUCUUCUUCGUGCAUGGAACAUUUGGAUUUCGUGAAUAAUAUUGGUGCCCAAGAUUUUGAAUUUCAACCUUUCAAACAAUUGGAGUACGAUUACAGCGGUUAUCAGAGUUUGACAGAUGUACCCAAAGCUAUGGUUUAUUCGGAAGAUAUCAUCAACGUGCAGGUAAUUUACUUUAUAUUUUACUGA